UAUACAGGGCAACUGACACAUGACAGUUCACAGGAGACGCAGACUUAACAGUCCAGGAACCCCAGACUCUACCUGCUAAAUCAUUCAAAGGUUCAAACACAGUUAAAAUGUCAGAGUAUGAUUAUGUGCUGGAUUUCAACGAAACAGGGUGCAGGGAAAACUGCACACUUGUGACAGUCCCUCCAGGUCUGUCUGAGAUUGGCCAUCGCCACUGGAUCGUCUUGACCUGCUAUAUCAUUGUGUUCCUGAUGGGCGUCCCAGGAAACGGCCUGGUAGUCUGGGUGACGGCGUUCCGGAUGCCACGUUCAGUCAAUGCCUUGUGGUUCCUGAACCUGGCCAUAGCUGACCUGCUGUGCUGCCUGUCCCUGCCUUUGAUCAUGGUGCCACUGGCCCAGGAUAAGCACUGGCCCUUUGGCCUUGUGGCCUGUAAACUGGUGCACGGCCUGCUCUACAUGCUCAUGUACUGCAGCGUGCUGCUGCUUGUGCUCAUCAGUGUGGAUCGCUGGCUGCUGGUGUCCCGGCCCACUUGGUGCCAGAACUGGAGAAGUCCACGCUAUGCUAUCUGGGUCUGCUUUGUCGUCUGGAUGCUAGCUCUUGUUAUUAGCAUUCCCCAGUUCAGCGAAAUGGUGGAGAAGAGGUUUGGAUCGAAGAUAAUAUGUGAAGGCACAUAUGACACCAUGCUUGAAGCUUGGAGCAUCACAGUUUUCCGCUUUCUGGUGGGUUUCUUAGUGCCCUUCGUGGUCAUUUGCAUAAGUCAUUGGAUGGUCUUUCAGAGGGCAAGCCAAAGUCCAGGGAAGAGGCAGAACCCGAGGGCAGCGCGGACUCUGCGUGUCAUCCUUGCCGUGGUGCUGAGCUUCUUCCUGUGCUGGCUUCCGUUGCACAUCAUGGAUUUCCUUCAGGUGGUUGGGCAAAAUAAUAAGGUGAUAAAACAUGACAUGCUCCUGGUCCGUAUGUUGGCUCUCUGCCUGGCCUACUUCAACAGCUGCCUCAACCCACUGCUCUAUGUGUGCCUGGGCCGUGGCUUCAGAGAGAGCCUGACAAAGUCAUUGAGGAGCGUGCUCCACUUUGCCUCUGAGGAACCCCCACAGGGUCUCAGCAUGACAGGCAACACCAAGAGCACCACUGACAGCAGCUAUUUUGUAACAGGAAACAGGGUUCACUAAGAGCUCUCAAAAGUGGCUCAACUUUAACCCAAGGAACCCAUUUGUCCAUCUCAAAUUCAAGCAUUCUGUCCCUCAGCGCACUGUCUAGUAACUUUCAUAAGAUUUGGGGCAAGGAAUAGUUAAAAUGGUGCAGGGCAGGUGGCCCUAGGGACUAACAUUGAGAGCUUUUGACUUACAACAUGAGGGCCUUUCCCCAAAGUCCUCUAGCAUGAAGUUUCUCUUGAGAUUGCAAUGUAACUGUGACCACACUCAACACAGGACUUUUGAAACGUGGUUGAGAUGCAAACCAACCCAUUCAGAGUGGUCUAAUACAUGAUGCCUCUAAAAGAAACCUGCAGGUAGUUAUGAAAUGGAAUGGUCACUAAUACACUGCCUGAUGCCUGAGACAAUAGUUUUUGAGAUACGCUAUUGGCCUAAACUUUUUUUUUUGGGCAAUAUGCAAUACAUUGUUGUCCAAAAAACAUAUUUUCCUGUACAUUACCACCAUUAGUAUCACAUAUAAAACACAGACGAUGUGUAAAUUCACUGAUUGCUGUGGAUAUUAUAUAAAAUUGCUACUAAAUCACCACCACUGUAAAGAAAUCUUAGUCUGUACGUUUCUCUACAAUGAACCAUAUUACAUCAAACCACUCUGAAUGACUCUGUUUACAUCUCAAUGAAUGAAUUAACUGUUCAAAAAUCAGUGGAAUGUUUUUGAUUUGGAAAGUCGGAGCAGGGAAACAUGAUAUGUACAGAAGACCUGGAUAAAAGCUCUUACUCAGCCCAGAACAGCCCUGAAAAUCUGACCUGACUAGUUAGCAAGCUAGAUGGCUCAUAAAUCACACAUUCAUAUUCAUGUGGCUCAUAAAUUGCACAUUCAUAUUUAUGUGGCUCAUAAAUCACACACUCAUAUUACUCUUUUAUCAAAUAAUCUUUUAGCUUGAAACUUUGACACUUUAGUGUCAGCUAACUGCAGUGUAGCUUGCUAACUGACCUAGCAUGUUACUCCUCUGUUUAGCUGUGACCUAUGCUAACUCACUAGCUCACAGUUAUCAUCAUAUAUUCAUAUUCAUAUAGCUGAUAAAUCUUGUAUUUCUAUUUAAAAUACACUUGUAGCUUAGUGCGUUGAUGCUUUAUUGUUAGCAAACUUAUAGUGUAGCUUGUAACCUAGCAUGUUGCUCCUCUGUUUAGCUGUAACCUGAUUACAGAUCAUCUAGGCUAGUUCUUUGCUAGUUCACAGCCUUUAGGGUCAGUUUUACCAGGAUUUAAAAGUUUUAGCAGGAUUUAAAAGACCAAUUCUAUAAACUGUAACUAAGACAUGUGUUUUUCAUGCUAAUCAUUGUGUAAAAAUGCCUAAUAGUAAUAAUCCAAAAUGAUAUGACAUUGUAAAUAAGCAUGUUUUUAAAGUAUAUUGCAUUGUUUUUCUUUUCUUUUUCAGAAUUUGUUAUUUACCAACUGAUGUGUCAAUUAUUUACAUGAACAGCUAGUUUGCUAUAAGCUACCUGUUUCCACAUUUCCUGUAUAAAGACUGGAUUCUUAAAGAAAAAAAGACUAGUUUGAACUGGA